UUGAAAGAAUCUGUUUAGUGAUCUGAUCAUUGCUGUCUCUCUAACACAGACUGAUAUCCAGGUCUAUUUUUUGCAGGAGUGAGAUGAAGUUUCACAAGCCUGAAGCUGUGUCCCCUCAGUUUCUAUAUGGAUAUAGUUGGUGAUCCCUUCAGUUACAUCAAUUUAUGGAAGGAAAUGAGAACAGUGGUUUCACCAGAGUUUCACAUCAGGGGGACAUUACUGGGAGGUGGAUCUUGGAAACCGACCACCUGGAUUGUGGGUGUCUGCAGAGAGUCCAUCAAAAGGAAAGGGACAAUCGUUUCUUCGGCCAAGAAUGGAUAUUGGGUCAUCAACCAGAUUAUUAAGGAGUCAUUGAAAAUCCCAGAUGUCACCCUCCAGAAGUUAGGCAUUUACCCGGAUUACGAGGGAGGCCAGGUGAUAUUUUGCAAUGCCAAGGACAUAUCUCACCUGUACACCUUCACUGACACUUUCACUGAGAAACUUUAUCCCAUCUUUAAUCCUUGUGCUAAUACUUAUGGUGAUAAUUCCGAGCCAAUCUACCUGAACCCUGGUUAACACAGCGGGGCUUGUUUUGUGAGCUCAGUACUGUGGGUGAGUAACCUUUCCCAUUGCCCCAAGUGCUGUCGGAACAUGUGAGUUUGUUCACUGUUGAAAUCCGCUCUGUAACCUACCCCUCUGCCCCUUUCUCAAUCCAUUGCCAACACAGCCAACUGAGUUGGUCCAACAGAAUAAUCUCCUGAUUUGUAGUGACUCUGGAGGAAGCCCAGAGAGGGUUCACUGGGUUAAUCCUGGGUACAGGGGAGAGGUUGGGCUUUUUCUCAUUGGAACUUGGAAGAAUGAGAGGUGACCUUAUUGAAAUAUUGAAGAACCCUAGGGGACUUGACAGGGUGGAUGUGGAGAGCGUAGUAUCAGAGGGGCAUCAACUCAGAAUAAGGGGUCACUCACUGAAGGCAGAGAUAAGGAGCAAUUUCUUCUCUCCGAGGGGCGUGAAUCCGUGGAAUUCUUUAUCAUAGAGGGCUGUCGAGGCUGGGACAUUAAGUAUAUUCAAGGCUGAGAUAUUUUUAAUCAAUCAAGGAAUCUAGAGUUACGACGAUAGGGCAGGAAGGUGGAGUUGAGAAUGAUCAGAUCAGCCAUGAUCUCGUUGAAUGGCAGAGCAGACUCAAUGGCUGAAUGGCCUAUUGCUGCUCCUACAUCUUAAAAUUUUUACUGUGCAGGACUCAAGCAAUUCAUUGUGAAUCUGAAUUCAUUCAUAAAAUAUUUAAUUUCAGACUAGACAUGAGAGUGGGUGUAAUGAUGCUUGAGUCUGAGAUUAUCAACAUAGCACAGUAAGAAAUAGGUGCAGGAGUAGGAAUUAGCAGAUUCCUCAAGAUCAUGGCUGGAUAUCUACAUCACGCCCACAUUCCCUUGGUGCCCAGGAAUACUUCAAUCUUUCUGCUGAAUACCCUCACAGCUGACUGCAUUGGAGAAUGUCAAAGAUUGACAACUCUCCGAGCAAAGACAUUUCUCUUCGUCUCAGUCGUAAAUGGCUGAUAACCUUAACCAUCAAACUGCCAGGUCUCGUUCUAGACUCCUCUUGGCAUCUACCCUGUCAGACACUCUGAGAGUUAUGCACAUUUCAAUAAGAUGAACUCCCAUUCUUCCAGACUUCAAAGGAUAUAGAUCCAUUGACCUCAAUCUCUCCCUGUAGGGCAACACUCUCUUCCCAAAAAUCUAUUCAGUAAACCAUCAAAGUAAGUGGGUUUCCUGAGAUAAGGAGAUUUAUGCUGUACAGUUUUCCAGCUGUGGCCUUACCAAUUAUAAUGUCAGCAAGACACCCUCAUUCUGUAUUCAAGCUCAUUGUGAUACAGGCUCAUAUCCCACUUGCCUUCAAGAUUGGUUGUCGAUUUCUUUCCUCUUUAUUCACGGGAUGAGGGCAUCAUUGCCCGGGCCAGCAUUUAUUGCCCAUCCCUAAUUGCCCAGAGGGCAGUUCAGAGUC